AUGAGUGGUAUGAGGGGGACGAGUCAGGGCGCGGAUGAUGAGGAAGAGGAUGAGGCGGAAGAGGAGGAUGAGGACGGGAUGCUGAGGAGGAGGACGCGAGGACAAAGAGGAGGAGGAGGAGGGGGAGGAGGACCAGGAGGAGGAGCAGGAGGAGGAGAGGAGGAGGAGGAGGAGGAGGAGGAGGAGGAGGAGGAGGAGGAGGAGGAGGAGGAGGAGGAGGAGGAGGAGGAGGACGACGACGACGAUGAGGACGAGGAGGGGGACGACGAGGAUGAGGAUGAGGAGGACGAGGAGGAUGAGAGGGGGACGACGAGGAUGAACAGGAGGAAGAAGAGGAUGGCGGGGGGGGGAGGAGGAGGAGGAGGAGGACGAGGACGAGGAGGAGGAGGAGGAGGAGGAGGAGGAGGAGGAGGAGGAGGAGGAGGAGGAGGAGGAGGAGGAGGAGGAUGCAGAGGAGGAGGAGGAGGAAGGGGCGGAAGAGGAAGAGGAGGAGGAUGCGGCAAUGAAAGGCCAAGGAGCGAGAGGAAGAGGGGGGAGUGGUACACGGCAGGUGGGGGGCCGCACUCGUCAUUCCCGAAAACACGAGGCAGUUGA